UCACCGCAAAAGCUGGUUGCUACAACCAACAGAUGGCGCCAGCUACCAACUAUCGUUGCCCGGCAACCAUUUGAAUUAAUCAAAGCAUAAACACAGUGACAGGUUAAAGCCUUUUUGCACUGACAGCGAAAAAUUGUGGAAAAUAAAUAUAUAUUAUGAAAUUUAUACCGCUGCAUACCACAAAUACGGCUAUAGUGUACAAGAAUUCGCUAUGCUCGCUGGCAUCACUGUUGGUUGUCGUCUUCAUCGCCUUGUCGGUCAUGCUGCCGGUUCUUUUGGUCUCCCUGCUCAGCCCCUACUCGGGCAUCUCGGAGUCACGUGUGCUCUACGAACAGCCCAACGUGCAGUUCAAAUAUCAAUACGUCUUUGUGGCCAACCUGGCAACCACAAAUGAGGCAUCUUCCUCGCCUGGCUUUGUGGCCUGCAGCAGCUUUGGCAACUUUAAUGCGCGCACACAAAACUACUCGGGCAACUGUGAGGCGAGUAAGUAUUGGACACAAGAUCUGGAUCGUGAUACGGUCACAGAUCGUCUACACUUUCGUCUGGAACUGAGUGAGCUGCCCACCGACCUGACUAAGUUUGAUCUGCUGCUCUUCUUCGAGGCUCAACUGCGACACAAGUGUGUCUUAACUCCGCCAGCUGUGCUUGCCCAUCAAUUGCAAUUGCCGCAAUCAGCACGGAUGCAAAACGGACACAUCCUGCUCAAGGGUGAACUGAAGCUGAAGCAAUACGUGGAGUUCACCUGUCCCUUUCCGGGCCGCAACAUUCAGACGCACUUUCGUCAGGUGCAGCUGGACAGCAAUUCAAGUCAUGCGAACAUUGCGCAAUACAAAAUGGAAUCGUUGCUCGGCCAGGUCAAGGCCAAUCCUGCCUACUUUCAGCUGGUGGUGCAAGAGACGUACUUCAAGCCAACGGCGCCACGUCUCGAGCCCGGUUUAAUCAUCGAACUGGAGGUGGAUGUGCUGCAAGUGCCUGCGCGUUAUCACUUGAGCAUUUGGGAGCGUUUGGGACAAUUCUGGUUGUAUUUCGCCUCAUUUUUCGGCAUCUCCUUCUACAUUAUGAACAAACUGAAGGAUUUUCUAUUCGGUCGUCAUAUCAUACGCUCCUGGGAGAUUAUACCCUGGAAGAAACUCUACUGACAUCAGUCGGGCGCCAUACUGGAGAUGGACAACUUCUCCAUUGGCGAAUGAAGGAAUGGAGAAGACGCUUGUCAUUAUUUCAGUCAAUGUUUAAAUUAAAUAACAAUUAUACAAUGAAUUUAAAAACUUGUAAGCCAGGUUCAGUAUGGGGAGUAGAAAGCGGAAGACUUCUUUCUCUACUUGUCGCGACUAUUCGACAUGAGCGCUAGAUUGCCGAAAGCUGACGCAGUUGAAGGCUCUGGUGUGGGAUCGUAGGCUCGGUUAUCUUCCAGCACAAUGGUGGUGCGUGGGUAAUGAUCCAAUUGCACAAACAAAUAGCGAAACUCCUGUUUGCCCGUCGAGUUCUGCAAAAACAAGAAAACAAAAGAUUUAUAUAGAAUAUGCAGAAGUUAGCAAUGGAUACUGGUCAAACUAAGAGAGAUUCUAAAAGAUGCUUAAUCUUAUUGAAAUCAAUGAAGAACAUAUAUUCAAAUGGUCGCUAUUAAUUACAGCAUUACUUUAGUAUCUCUCCUAGCUUGAUCAAAAUUUAAAAUUCUGUCUGAAAACUGGGAUUCUUGAAACGCACCCGUCGCGACUCCAGUUGCACGGUGGCCUUAUUGCGUAGUCCCUGGACAUAGAAUUGCAUACGCAUGUGUGGUACACCGUUACGAUCGAAGCUGUUGUGUGCCACAUGCUGACGACGUCCACGGCGCGACGUCUCUCCGAAUCCUUUGAUCGGAGCACCCAGUGAAUCCUGCACACGCGGAUCGUCGACGACACGUUUCAGCGCAGUGGCAUAAAUGUUGCAGGAACUUUCCUUGGAGAAGAGCUCACGGAAAA